UUUCCUCUCUCUCUCUCCCUUUCUUCUUUUGGGGGGAGGGGUGGAAAAGGAUAUGCUGCUAGGUUUUUGUUUAUGUUCUUUUUUCUUCUUCUUGUUUGGGGUCUGGGCUGGGGGCAAUGCUGCAAUGUUUUUGUUUAUGUUUUUUAGGAGUUAAAACAAAGCAUAAGGUGUCACUCUCCUACUUUUUUGGGCUUUACCUUUAGCCUCUUUUUGAUAUAUCACUUUUGCAACAGUGUGCUCCAAGUCAUAGAGCAGAUUUAAAUGCAGGAUAAGGCUGUAAUGGUCCACCUGCAGGUGUGUCAGUGUAGCGUGUCAUGACACAUCGAUAAACCUGUUGUGCAAUGAUUUAAUAUCUGUAGACAAUGAUAUGGUUUGGGUUUUCCUCUGCCAUUUGGAAGAGUCCCUAACGUUCCUUUUAUUCAGGUGUCAGUACCUGUUUUGCUUAGGCCUGUGUCAUAUAAUUCCCACUCUUUUUUGGAUGAGCAUGGCUUUAUUGUGGCAGUAUCCUUUAGAUCAGUCCAAUUGUGAACAUUUAUUCCCUUCCACUGAACUCAACUCCUCACAGUAGAUGGUGUACACAAGGUAACACCAUGUUUCAUUGCUGGACCACCCCUAAUGGUGCUUGGGCAGGCCAUGGAUUAAUGGUGUUUACUGGUGUACCACCUCUGUGCCGAUUUGUACAUUUAAGACCUCUCAAAAAAUAUUUAUAACGCUUUGAAUUAGCUGUUGCUUGCCAUUCUUGAAGAUCAAACCUGAUUUCCCUGAGGAUGCUCAUAAGGAGGUCACUAUCUAUUUAUCAAAAAAAGAAAAAAAGAAAGAAAAAGGAGGUCACUAUCUCCAACCCUGAAAAAAGGUAUGAUUCAAUCCCAUGGCUUUGGUGCAACCAACUGGAUAAUUUACUAGCUUAGUUGGCAUGCACCUCUAAAAGAACUAUUUUCUCCUAUGUUGUGAAUUGUCACCCUAAAAGGGAAUUAGCUCUCCUUGGCAUGCACAUGCGGGUACACACAUUCAUACACUCAAAAAUGUGUUCACACACUCAAAAAUGUGUUCACACACUCAACGACCCAACCUUAUGGAUCAACUUAGUGGAUCCGGGUCUUUGGCGUAUUUCCCAGAGACUUCACUGCUAAGCUAGCUCACAGCUCCUAGGAACUUUUUUGCCCUCACAAGCCACAACUUGUGAAUGUCAGAAGGACAUGCUUCCGUUUUUAGAAGGAAGAAAAAAUUAACAUGUUUUAAGUUUCAACAUGAUUGACACCAUUUUAAUAAAAAUAUAGUUCCACUACCAUGCUUGGCUUUGGGCAUAAAUAGUCAUUCCAUGUUCCUUUCUAUUACAUGUUUCCUUCAAUUUGUGGAGCUGAAUUAAGUUGGUGUUGGUUAGUUCUAAACGUAUUUCAAGACUUCUCUAAACGAUACAAGGAAACUCAUGGGAAGCCCAUGGUAUCAAUCGGAAAUCAGGAUUAUCUCUUCACUCCCUCACAAGUUGAUUGCAACCAAUUGACUGCUCGCAUUCCAAUCACUGCCACCGAGAUAUACCAUUGCGACUUACUAGCACCUGCUUAUGGUACAAAGGCUAUGAUUCAUCAUCCUCAAAUGAUGGGAAUGGCCCCUUCUCGAGUGCCAUUGCCUGUACUAAAUCCACAAGAAGAGGUUAUUUUCAUCAAUCCAAAGCAGUAUAAUGGAAUUAUGAGGCGGAGGAAGCAUCGCGCCAAGCUUGAAGCUCAAACCAACCCUGUCAAAGCUAGAAAGCCUUAUCUCCAUGAGUCUAGGCAUCUCCAUGCCUUGAAGAGGCCUCGUGGAGCUGGUGGACGCUUCCUCAACAUGUCCAAGCUCCAAGAACCCAAGCCUUCUUCUCCCUCAACAGAUGCUCUGAUUGCAGGCUCAGCUCAGCCACCUUUCAAUGGAAAUACUGCAUCAGAGUCUGAAGUUCAUCAGCCAGAAAACAACAGAGAAGGGGCUUCCACCACCUCCUGCUCUGAUGUCACUAGCGGCUCAAACAGUGAUGACGUCUUUCUGCAGCCAGAAUUCAGGUUCUCCACCUACCCUCCUCACAUUGGCGGAUCCAUGAAAAGGAAUGAUUCUGGGAGCAAUAACUUAGGUGGGUCUGGCCUCGGGUGACAGACGAGGCAGACAGUGGAUGUGUCAGCAGCUUGUGUUCAUCGUCCAUCGAACGAUCCGGCUGCUGGUGUCCCUUGGAAAGUCAUCCUUGGCUGUGUUUUCUUCAUUAGUUCAUAGCUUUGUCAGCUGAAUACAAGAUACGGAGAUUGUUACUAGCUGUUAUUUCACUUUUUUUUUCCAUUUUGUUUCUCUUCGGAAAUACAAAAGUAGAUGAAUUUGGAUAAGAUGGUGGUUUAGUACAAUAUGAUUUGAA